AUUCGAAUGUGAGCUCACGGAUAGCACUCGAUAAGAAUCCAGCACAACUUGUACCACUUGGAAUCAAUACAUCUCCUGAAAAUAGAACUAAAGCUGGAGAACUGAUCAAAGGAUUAUAUACGAACACUUCUUUCGAACAUGAUACCGCUGCCUAUGUCAGAUGGACUAGUGACAAUCAGAUGAAUAUACAUAUGUGUGAACAUGCCAAACUGAUGUCACAUAAAGUACCAACUUAUUUCUACAAAUUUUCGUACGAUGGUGAGAUAGGAGAAGGACCUAAAAACAACAUUUCAGGAACUGGACGAGUACAGCACGGUGGAGAUUUACACUAUUUAUGGGAAGUAGGCAACAAUUUCGACCUGAACAAAUUUCCUGAGAAAGACCAACUAACACUGCACCGAUACGUCAAAUUGAUCACCAACUUCGUGAAAUAUCAAAAUCCAACACCCGAAAAAGAUACUCUUCUGGAGAAUAUCACAUGGCCUACAACUAAUGGAGAGAGCCUCCUUUAUCUCAACAUAAAUGACACAUUGGAACUAAAGAAGAACCCAAGGCAGUGUAAUGAGCAGAUGGCAAUUUUUGACAAAUAUAUGGAACCACCGUUCAUUUAUUACUGAAAUAUGAUAUAAACCAUAAUCAUUUUUAUUAUUCGGAAAUUGAAUAAAUAUUGAUUUUGAACUGA